AUGUUAAAAUGUACUGACAAUAACAAGGCAGACACUGUUUUGUCAUGUUUCGUGGAAGCUGUCAAUGAGUAUGGCUUACCAAGCCGAGUUCGUACUGACAAGGGUCUGGAAAAUGUGGGUAUAGCUGAAUUCAUGAUCCAAAAUCGAGGCACAAACCGUGGAAGCGUGAUAGCUGGAAAGAGCACCCACAACCAGAGAAUCGAGCGCUUGUGGAGAGAUGUGUACGAGGGUGUCCUAAGCUUUUUCUACCAACUGUUUUAUUUUAUGGAGGAAGAAGAAAUACUUGACAUUCUUAACGAGUCACACCUGAUGGCUCUUCACUUUGUUUUCAUACCACUUGUUAACAAGAAGUUGAACCUUUGGCAUGCAGCAUGGGCUCACCACCGAAUGCGUACAACAAGGUCGACACCUGCACAAAUGUGGUUAACUGGCCAACUCAACAACCCUAUGGGUCUUGACAGCACCCCUAUUCCAGUGCAAGAUCGUGAUGAUGACUCUGAUGACGAUCCAGAUAACGGGAACGAGGAACAAUUACAUGGAGAUCGGCCUGUAUUUCUCCCACUGUUACCCGGACUACCAGAUGCAUGUCUGAAUGAACUGGACUCUCAAACCUGGUCAGCAGCAAAUCAUGGCAUCGAUGAUUAUGUCAAAGCGUUAGAUAUCAUAAGACACAAUAUUUAA